CCUUGUAACCAAUCAGGCAAUCACCUAACCCUAACAAUCCCUUUUUCCCCUCUCUCUUCUCGCUCGCUCGACGCCGCCUCCUCCACCGCGUCCCCGGCCGCUCUUCCCUCUGUCGAUCGGAUCUCAAUCUCUGGCGGCUUUUCUCGUUUCCGAUUUAGGGAUAAAUUGCCGGGCUCCUGAGUUCGUUUUCCUUUUUUUUCUCCCGGUGUUGCCCAUCUCGAUCCACAACGACGACGCCAAGAUCUCAUCGUCGGUCAUUGUGAAUGGUGGAAAUCUUAGGAUUAGGUAAUUACAUGCUCUCCCUUUGCCAAUCAAGGGCGGGCGUCGUAUCUGCUGCCUCUGCUUUCGCUUUCGGCUCUUGCAAGGAAGGCUGGUACCACCGCUGCCAAGGCGUCGACCCCUGAGAUCCCGCCGCCUGCUCCGCGCCGCCGCUCCUGGCGAAUUGUAUUCUAUUCGUAUUUUCCUUGAUUUGAUUUUGUGAGGGGAGAACAAGAAGGAAGAAGAAGAAAAAAGCACACAAAAAAAAUUCUUUUGUUGUUAGGUUUCAAUUUUUGUUCUGGUUUCGAUUUCGGAUUCUGAUUGUUCGAGAGCGAGAAAGAAGAGAAGAGAAGAGAAGAGAAAAAGGAAAAGGAAAUUUGGAAGGAUGUUGCUACACAAGACGAAGAAGAAUCAGGGCGGUGCCUCGAAAGGCAACCGGCUGCUGAUCAGCGUGUCUGUUCUCGGCAGUGCCGGGCCACUUCGGUUCGUGGUCGGCGAGAAGGAGCUCGUGGCUGCUGUAAUUGAUACCGCGUUGAAGUCUUACGCUCGGGAGGGUCGGCUUCCGGUGCUCGGCUCCCAUCUCAACGAUUUCUUCCUCUACUGCCCCAGCGCUGGCUCUGGAGCCCUGAGUCCAUGGGAGACAAUCGGGUCUAUCGGUUGCAGAAACUUCAUGCUGUGCAAGAAGACGGCAGGGAUGAAGAUGGAUGAUGAAGGUGGAAGAUCACCUACAACUGCAGCUGUAGGGCAGAAGGGGAGCGGGAGCUGGAAGACAUGGAUCAACAAGUCUUUCAAUCUCAAGAUUUACUCCCACUGAGCCUCCCAAAUCGAUGAGUUAUGCUCUAUACACUUUGUACCCUUUGUAUGGUUUGGAUUCCCAAUUGCAUAAACGCCAGAUUGAUGAUAUUGGCCAUACUUGUUUUCCUCCAUUUGAGCUUUUGUGAUGGUUGGAGCUUACUCUGGUUGAUAAAACCAGGGCAAGAGGACAACUCAUGGAAUAAAAAUUGUUGUGUUAUUCAUUCGGCAUUCGAAGUUGUUUGUUUAAUGAAACGAACAGUAAUGUUUUUCUGAGCUACUUACUAUAUUCGCUUCGUUUGAAUGAGUCGAACUCCGUAUUUAUUCUUCUUGCCAGUGGUUGAUAUAUAUAAUAAUAUUGCACUGUAUUG